AUGCGGCAAAAGCGGUCACCUCAAGGGCCUAGUCCCGGACUGGCCACGCACCCGGCGACAGCUGUCUCUAACCAGCAAAUUAAAUCUCGACACCCCCCACUACUCCAGGGCACCGCAGGACCUAAUGUUACCUUUCUUAGAGCGGUUGAAUCACGAAAAUAUUUGCAUCUUUGGAAUAUGGAGUCGAAUGUUGACGAAGUACACGAAUAUCUUCAACAGUUGUGUCCAGGGAAAAAUUGUACUGUAGAGCAACUUAAGUCGAGAGGGACAAAUCAUAUAAAAUAG